GAGACGAAAAUCUGACGUCACUUUCCGAGGGCGGAGUCGUGUCGGGAGACUGGCACAUCAUCAUCAUGCAGGAUACAUAUUGUUGAAGCUGCAAUGAUGCACGAGUACGAGUAAGAAGAGGCGCUGCAGGUACGGCGAGAGAUUAUUUGGUUCCACACGUAUCCCUGUUAAACAAGUUUCUCCCAUUAUGUCUGGCGGGGAUCUUCGCGUUCUUCGCCAAGAGCCAGGGCAGGAGAGCCCGAGGAUGCCGGCCUGGAAACGCGAGAUCCUUGAGCGGAGAAAGGCGAAGGGCGGCGGAGCAGGUGCCGAGUCCGUCGCAUCUCGACAUAACGGCGAGGUAACGGCCAGCAAAAGCAAGGAUGAUAUCACCGGCGCACAUUCUAGCAUGAACUAUACCAUCACCGCUGCCAAGCGCGCGACCAAAAGCCCGGAUCUGUCACCGGUGAAAACAAAAGAGCACUGGGCAUCCGCGGACCCGAGCCGCACGGAGGAGAGAACGGCGAGAGACAACGGAUCGCAGGAGAGCCUGGUAUUGCAAGAGAGCUUGGGUCCGCUGCAGGAAAACCCAUUCAUUAAACUGGAAAAAGAACGCAAAAAGCGUCAGAGCGAAGAGAACGCCGCGCGACCUGUUCAGCACAUCCUCGAGUUAUACGGCAGCGUCCCCGGGAUACGGACUAUACGCGCUGAGAAUAUCAUCAUCAUUGAAUCCGACCCGGAGUACUUUUCGGAAGGAUGUGGUUUGAAACAUGCAUCGAAACUGCAGCAGAACGGCACGGUGAGCGGAUAUAGCUCUCUCAAUGACUUGUUGGACCGAAGAGGUAGUCCGGUUACUGAGAUACGCGCGAAGGAAGUGGUCAUUUACGAUACUGCACUUAGUAAAAGCGAGGAGAACCUCAGCACGCUGGGACGACCGGCUUCCUCCCCGCUGGAGGGGCAAGGCAGGGUGAGUCGCAUGCUACAGAAAUUUGACAGGAAUUAUGGCAAGCUGCAGCCCAAGUCACGCAGCACGGAAAACCUCCUGGACUUGGAUUCCAGUCCCAUCAGGCCAAGCUCCAGACCCAAGCCAGAUGUGGUGCCAAAAUGCCCAGUAUCUCCGCAAGCCGGUUCUUCACACAACAAGGUCUUCCAAAAUGUCCAGUCUUCCAUGAGCAAUCAUCACACCUCUCCUAGUGGCUCAGAGAGUAGUACACCCGUUUCUGGAUCCCCUCAGUUAGUGUCUUCCGCACGGAGACGUUUCGAGGGGAGUGGGGGACGAAGUGUUACUGUGUAUCCCAAGGAGGACACUGAGAGGUCUCCGUCCAAGCCUGUUAGAGAACGGGACUGGGACAGCACAGAUGGGGCCUCCAAAGCCAAGGUGCCAUGCUCUCCAGAGAGCCACCAUGCCCGUGCCGACUGUACUCCUAGCCCCACAUCACCCCCUUUAUCGCCCAGUUUUGAGAUCCGUCCGUCCCCUCACCCGGAUCUUUCUCUUCUUCCGGCCGGUGAUCUACAGGCCCGUGCACUCGCCAACUUGCGACUCCAGUCUCGCAAUUCCUUCACUGUCAUUCCCAAGAGUCGAGCGGCUAUUUCGUCACCUGGUAGCACUGCCCCAUCCAGUCCUGUCCUUUCCCCCCCAUCCCCACGACCCCUGGUGGGUGUGGCAGCUUCAGAGCCCGUAGUGCCAACCCCCUCGCCUGCUUCUUCCAUACCCUCCACACCAAAGCUUACAGAAAAGCUGACCAUAGAAGCCAAAACAGCGUCUCCGCAACAUACCCCACCUACCACACCCACCUCUCCAGCCCUAGCUUCUCCACCCUUAAUUGGCUCACCCGUCAAAUCAGUCCCAUCUCCGGAUGAUAAGCUGCCUAUCACAAACAUCGAUGAUAUAGUCGUGGAGCCCACGCCGCCUGUUCCGAGCCCUGCAGUGCAGAGGCGCAAAGGAAAUACAUUUACAGUCGUUCCGAAACGGAGGCCAGAGGCCCAGUCUGGCCCUGCUGAGACCCCAGAAGUUGUCAAUGAAUCUCAGAGCACACCACAGGCCCCUUAUGUCCACCUGGGAACCCUGAUUAAAAAGCGUUACCCUGCUGCAGAGGAGAUAGAGGUCAUUGGGGGCUACCUCUCUCUUGGGCGAUCCUGCCUCUCGAAGACUGGCUCAACAGGAAAAAAGCUGAAAAUAUCCUUCAACGAGUCCAGCCUGCAGAGCACUUUCGAAUACCCAUCCGAGAGCAGUGUGUGGGACAGUGGAGAGGACGAGGAGGAAGGGGAAGAAAAAGAAGCAGAAGAUGAUGGAGGGUUCAUUGCAGGGAGGAUAAGCAUUCCUCGCGCCAGCUACACCAGCUCACUCACUCACUCCAACAACACCACGGAUCUUUCCAGUUACACACCCAAACACUCAGUGGAGUUUAACGCCUGGCAAGAACACAAGCUUGAUGAGUCUGCUCACCCAGGGGAAGAUACUUCACAGAGUACAGAGGAGGUUAUGCUGACACCUGCUGAUAGCUCCUCUCUGUCGGACUUCAGCAGUGAACCAGCGCUCUACUUCUAAACCUUCCAGACGUCUGGAAAAUAGGGGACCAACCAUUGCCUGCCUACCAGCACCAGCCUGGAUGCAAAGAAACAACGUUCAGAACAAUGGAACCAGUAGCAACCAGCACGUAAACUUACAUUCUGUAUUCCAUGUCUGUGCGCCAUCAUCUUCAACAGCAGGACUGUCCUCAUUGCUGGUCCACGCAGCAGAUGUAUCACUCACAUCCGGAAGUGACCUCCUGUCGCCACCAAUUGUGAUUGUGAUGGACUCUGUUAACAUGGAAAAUGGCUCAAAUAGCCAUUCCGCUCUUGAAUUUCACUCUUCCAUCACAUACUUGCUCUUUGUAUGUAAUCCUCACCUCAUGAAAGUGACCAAAUUUCUAAAAGAGAGAAAGAUGAAAGACUGUCCUUUAAAUAGAGAAGGAAACUUGAGUGGGUGUAAUGGGACUCCAGGAAGAGGACAAUAAGAGGGUGAAGCAACAAAAAAUGAAAUGAGUGACUUGUUUAUGUAUGACUGGUAAAAGAGUGCCACAAUCCUUGUUCUUUGUGAUGUUUUUGUAUGUGCAUGUGUAGGUCUGUAUUGACAUGACUCCCAAACUAUAGAAGUCCUCCACUUUAGUUUCAUUUGUAUGCCUGUGUUUCGUUCAAGGUAGUCAUUUUUGAUGCACAGACUGAUAUAUACUAUACAGCCGAAAUACUAACAAUAUGUUAGUGUUGACUUAUUGAUUCUAGAUCGGUUUUAUAGAGCAACUCUUAAUUGGUGAGCUGGUAAGCUCAUUCAUUUUCACUUUGCUUUUUCAUGGUAAUAGAAUUUAUUAACCACUCAACAUUUUAAUCAUAAUUUUGAUCACCCAUGCAAACAUAAAUGCAGUGAAGACAUGCCAAGGUUACAUUUCACCCCAAAAAAGAAAAAAGAAAAUAUAUUUUGCAUAAAUAAAAUUAAGGCUGUUUUUAGAAUCACCAUUGUAACAUUUUUGUUAUGACAUUUAAACGUUUCCUUCCUACGUUCUCAUUUUUAUAAUACAUGUGAGUUUUUUUCCCCCCAUUAUUAUCAUAAUCUAGUGUUUUACACACACAAAAAAACAUACUACGGUACAUAAUUGAAAUACAGUUUUUAUUGUAUUAUUAAAUAAUUUUUCACAUGAUGGUAAUGAUAAUUUCUGUGGAAUGGGUUAUUCCUAAUUAUUCGCCCUCUAAUACUGUUUAAGAAAAAUAUAAUACAUUAUAUUUAUUUAUUUAUUUAUUCCUUUGCAUUUGGAGUGAAAUAUGACAUUGAAGUGGUCUUGACUGAGAUUUAUGCUGUGCGAAAUUUCAGUUGCAUUGACCUAAAUUUAUUUUAGUAUGUCAGUUUAAGCAGUUUGUCAAUAACAUAAGUUUAUAUAAUUUUGUUUUUUGGACUGGACAUUCUUACAGUACGAAUGGGGAGCGGUCAGUUUUAGUUAUGAAGGAAACAUUAUUUUGUGGGUUUGUGAGUGAGCACGCUGUAUGCAUGGGCCGUGUGUGUGUGUGUACGCACAACAUGAAGACUACAUACACACAAUGCCAACUGACUUGAGUGUGUCAGAUCUGUUAAAUGGCUUCGGUGUAUCUGCUCACGUAUCUCCACAGCCUCUCCGACCAGUAUUGAUGUAUAGUUUGUACACUCCAGAUUGAAGUUUUCAUAAUUUAUUUCAUGCAUCUUUUAUCACUUUUCCAUAUUUUUAGUCACAGGGCAAAUAGUAGCACUGGUGUGCUUUGGGAUAGUUUAUAUAUAUAUAUAUAUAUAUAUAUAUAUAUAUAUAUAUAUAUAUAUAUAUUAUAUAUAUAUAUAUAUAUAUAUAGGACAUCAUGUACAAAGUUACAUGAGUGUUGUUAGGACAGCUUAAAUCUUAGUCCUGUGCUUUUGUAUUCAAUCAUUUGCACUGUUUUGUUUUUGCUUUAUUUUGCACCAUACACAGCUCUUGGUUGGAAUAAUGGCUUUUAGGAAUUACUUUCAUAUUGUAAUUUAUUUCACAAAAAUUAAUGUGUCCAUUGAGAGCAUAACAUUGACUUAAAGCACCAGCUUAUCAGCUCAAAACUGCUGAUCAACAUUUUCUGCCCAUUUUCUUUAAGACACUGGCUUUGUUCACACUGUACACAAUUCCGAUUUGGCUUUCUUAUUCAGUCUCUUGGAUCCAUUUGUUCAAACAGUGUAGACAAUAUCGGUUAUAUCUACAUCAGUUGCCAUAAACUUCACCACUGACAUCUGCUUGUGGAUGUCAGGAGUUGAUUGUUCUUAUUCUGAAAGUAAUGAAUUUGGAUCCAGUUCAAACAGUGUAGUCUGUAUCUGGUAUAUUUUCAUCAGUUGCCACAGAUAUAACCACUGGUGUCAGCUUGUGGAUGUCAGGUUUUGAUUGUUCUUUUAAUAAAAAUCUUACUUUAAAUGUUGUCCCCCCCCAGUAAGAAUAUCUUACUGACAGUUUGUAUUUUGAGUCUUUUUUUGAAUGGUAGUGUAUUUGUGUGUAUGGGGUGGUGUGAGGGGGGGACACUUUUUUUCUGCCUGUCUGAACAAAGCCUUUGAACCUGUGUUUUUUUUAUAUAUAUCACAUAAUUAAGGGCAAUUUUUAUUUAAGAGAAUGUUAAAUUUCACCAAGUGUUAGAAUUCAGCCAAGUCUUACUGUACAUUCUAGUUCAGUAUAUCACUCUAGCACUCGGCUUAUCCCAGUCUACAGCAGAUCCUCCAGAUAUUCUUUACAAACAUUAAAUAUUCUUGAGGGAUGUAUAUUAGACAUUCAGAGGGUUGGGAACUUUUUGUGUCUUACAAAAUGUAAUGCCACUUCAAGUGCUUCAUUAGUUCCUGUAACUCUAGUCAAGCUGCUCAUUGCUCUGGUGGUUAAUGUACUGUACGUAUGUCAAAACAUUUCCUCAUCCUUUCUGUUUCUUCAUCAAGAGUAUAUUAAAUGUACAAUUUGGUUUUGAUGAAUUUAGAGGGGAAAAAAUGUCAAACAAGGAAAUGUUCAAUAAACAACUGAAAGCUA